AUGUCGUCGAACGCUGCAUCCUCCAGUGCUAGCUCUUCCGCUUCCAGCGCUGUAUCCAGCGCGGUUUCCAGCUCGUCAGCCUCUAGUGCUACGUCAAGUGUCACCAGCUCGUCCGCUUCCAGCGCCACCUCCGGUGCCGCCGCGGCGACUGCCAAUACCGCCGCUGCGGUUCCCACUCCCACCGGGGAGUAUGUCACCCAACCCUUCCCGUACCCUCUGAACACCUCUAUCGACGGAUAUGCCGCCCAUAUCUCCAGUAAUUGGGUCACGGCUCAUCAGAAAGCCAGAGCCAGACUUGCGGGCUGGACACAACAAGAAAAGGUCAACCUGACCACUGGCGCCGGGUGGCAAGUCGGGCGUUGUGUCGGAAACAUCAAUCCGAUUCCUUCUCAAAACUUUCCAGGCCUCUGCUUGGAGGACUCUCCCCUCGGUGUCAGGGAUACAGACUUCAACAGUGCUUUCCCCGCUGGUAUCAACGCCGCCGCAACAUUCGACAAAGACCUCAUGUACAAACGAGGCUAUGCCAUGGGUCAAGAACACAAGGGAAAAGGAGUCAACGUAGCUCUAGGACCAAUGACCAACAUGGGACGUGUGGCAGCUGGCGGGCGAAAUUGGGAAGGGUUCGGCGCCGAUCCAUACCUCAGCGGUUGGGCCAGCGAACAGACGAUCAAGGGCAUGCAGGAUGCAGGUGUGCAGGCAUGCGUCAAACACUUUAUUGGAAACGAGCAAGAACACUAUCGCACUACAGAGUCCUCCGAUAUCGACGAUCGGACGAUGAGAGAGAUCUAUUCGCAUCCUUUCCUCCGCGCGGUGGCCGCCGAUGUUGCCUCGGUCAUGUGCUCGUACAACCAGGUGAACGGCUCCUGGGCCUGUCAGAAUCCUCAGAUCCUCAACAAGAUCCUCAAGACAGACUUUGGUUUCCAAGGCUAUGUCAUGUCAGAUUGGCAGGCAACCAUGUCGGGUGUAUCCUCGGUCAACUCUGGUCUCGACAUGACCAUGCCUGGAGACGUCGUCUUCAAUUCGCUCACCAGUUACUUUGGUCAAAACCUCACCGCAGCGGUGAACAACGGGUCCGUCGAGGCUGCGAGACUGGACGAUAUGGCUGAAAGGAUCAUGGCCGCGUAUUAUCUCGUCGGGCAGGACGCCCCUGGCUACCCAGCUGUCAACUUUGACGCGUUCAGAUCCAUGCAGUCGAUCAACAACUCCCAUGUCAACGUCCAGGGCGAUCACUACAAACUCAUCGAGGAGAUGGGCGCUGCUUCGAUCGUUCUGCUCAAGAACGAUGGAAGUCUCCCCCUCAAUCAGCCGAAAUCUAUCGCCCUGAUUGGCGAGGAUGCUGGUCCGUCACCUCUCGGACCCAACGGAUAUGGUGAUCGUGGUGGAGAUAGCGGUACACUGGCUAUGGGCUGGGGAUCUGGCACUGCCAAUUUUCCCUACUUGAUCGAUCCACUCAUGGCCAUCGCAACCCAAGCUCGCAAGGAUGGUACAGAUCUGAACUGGUACCUUGACGAUUGGAACCUUGACGGAGUCAUGAGCGUCGCCGUUGGUGCCGAAGUGGCUAUCGUGUGUAUCAACGCCGACUCUGGUGAAGACUAUAUCACCGUCGAUGGAAACCAGGGAGACCGGAACAACCUGACCGCUUGGUUGAACGGAGAUGCCGUCGUUCAGGCCGCCGCGUCAGUGAACAACAACACCGUUGUUGUGGUCCACUCUGUUGGCCCAUUAAUCAUUGAACCAUGGAUUGAGAACCCCAACAUCACCGCGGUACUUUGGGCUGGUAUUCCAGGACAGGAAUCUGGCAACGGAUUGGUGGAUGUCUUGUACGGAUGGUACAACCCUUCGGGAAGAUUGCCUUACACAAUCGCCAAACAACGUUCGGAUUACCCCGCAGAAGUCUUGUACGAAUCGACAGAUCCCCAUCCUCAGAUCGUCUACGCCGAGGGUCUCAACAUUGAUUACAGGCAUUUCUUAUCUGCCAACAUUACGCCUCGAUUCGAGUUUGGCUUUGGGUUGUCAUAUACCAGUUUCGAUUAUUCCAACGUCGAGAUCUGGUCCAACGGAAAUGCUAAGCGAUGGCAGGAUGAGAACGAUGGCAUUCCCGUCGGAGGGUUCCUGUCUGACAAAUUGCAAGCACCCCAAUGGACCGUUCAAGCUCAGGUUCAGAACGUUGGACCCGUCAAUGGAUGCGAUAUUCCGCAACUAUACCUCGAAUAUCCAGCUUCAGCUGGAGAGCCCCCGCGCGUCCUUCGAGACUUCACAAAACUCAACCUGGACCCUGGAGCCACCAGCACGAUCCAAUUCACCCUGUCCAACUAUGACGUGUCGAUCUGGGACGUUCCUAGUCAAAGCUGGGUCAUUCCGGAUGGAACGUUCACUGUGGUAGUUGCGAAGAGUUCCUUUGACCAAGGAUGUUCGACCACCUUUUGUCCCUCCGGAAACAACUGCUGA